AUGCAAGACUCGUUUGCUCAAAAAAAGCAAAGCAUACUCAAAGAGAUCUCAACAAAUGGGCCAGACAACUUGGACGCAUCCCCUAAGGGAACUAUAGAUGAACAUUGUAUACCAAUUAUCAAUUUGAUCAAUUCACAUUGCGACAUGGUGACUACUUCAUCAUGUUCAGGUCGAGUUUCUGUAUAUUUGGAGGGAACUCAAAGCAAGCUCGUACUGAAAGGGAAUGAAGGAAAAUGGAUAUUCGUCACCCACGAUACUUCAAAUCUUGCCAAUUGGUUCAAAUCUAUAGAUUUCCACUACGUGCAUGAGUACCCAACAUCAUCGUAUGAGAGCAGAUCGAUAUUGUACAAAUUUGAAGCGCUAAUAUUGCAUGUCAAAUGUCGAAAUCAAGUGACUGCCAAUAAGUUGUACUCUGUUGCCAUGAAUUGUGGGUUUAGAGAAAGUGGGAUUGGAAGUAAUUACAAUGUGGCAAUUAGAACCUCAAUCAAAUUGGAUGUACCAAUUGGGUAUUUAGGCGACAAUGAGGUUUAUCAAUGUUUUGUUACUGAAGAGUAUUUGAAUUACAUCACAAAUGUUUCGUUUGAUAGAUUUAGAGAAAAUUUUAAGAAAUUGAAACUACUACAUCAAGCCAUCGAGAAGAAUAUCAUAAAUGUCGAGGAGCAAACUGCAAGUGUUGGUGCUGAAGACUCGAUACUAGAAGUAUCACAAGGUAAAGGUUGGGAAAGUAUUGAAGAAAGACGAGCUAGGAUGAAACAAGAAGGUUUGAAAAGAAAGGAGGAGUUACAGAAAGCUAAAGAGUCUGCUUCCUAG